AAUCUUCAAAAUUAAACAAUUUUACAAGGAGGAAAAGAAAAUUUUAUCCACCACUAAGGUAUAAUAUCUCAUAUUCUCUAAAUUUGUAUAUCAUUCUAAGUUCUAACACAAAGAUAAGGCUUUUGUUAAUCAAUUAUACUAUCAAUCAUUGUGUUCAAUUGAAACAUAAAUUAUGAAAGCAAAAUCCCCAAAACCUAGGCAAAACUUCAUUAAACCAAAUGAUUCCUUUCGGUCUCACUCUCUCUCCUACUACUUCAUUUUCCCUCCUCUCCACCACCUUUCUUCCUAAGCUCAAUCACAUUCACAACAAUGGCUACAAAGUCCUUAAUCAGAAAUUGACGAAGAAACAGAAGGUGAAGUUGAGAAAAAGUGGAAUAUGCAGAGCUGAGCUACAGCAAGAUGCGCCUUUGGCGAUUGCUAUAGGCGCGUGUAUAUCAAACUCAUACCUAUUCCCUUUUACAGAUGAAUCUUUGUUGGAGGAGGAAGAUUCUACCUUGAAAUUCACGGAUAAAAGGUUUUUUGUUAUGAACCUCAUUAGCUUAAUCCCUUACUUCAAUUGGCUGAGCUGGGUUUUCGCUUUUUCGGAUACUGGGAAAUGGCGGUAUGCUGUGUAUGCAAGUGUUUAUGUAGCUCCUUAUCUCAGGAGUAACCUAUCCAUUGCACCAGAAGACAGUUGGUUGCCAAUUGCAAGCAUUGUUCUAUGUAUCAUUCAUAUACAGCUUGAAGGAGGUGAGAGUCGUGAAUGAGGCUGCAAAGCUUGUUAGACUGAAAUUACCUUCAGGGAAACAGUCGCCAGAUCAGAUUAGAGGAUGGGGCAUAAAAGGUUCCCAAGAUGGUGAAGAUGUUGAUGAAAAUUGGUGACUUAGAUGAUAGAACACAACAUCGAUGGUAAUCAGAUAAUGAGGAAUUUCAUAGUGAAUUUCACAAAUAUAUAUAUAUGAGCGGCCCUUUCAAAUCUUAAGUCAGAGGAAAACGAAGCCAGAGAACUGUUUCUCUUAACAAAAUUGUAACCAAAGCUGACCAGAGUUCCUACAAGUUUGAUUCUGCUACUAUACUAGAGUUUGUUGUAUAGUGGAUCAUAAUUUUUAUCAGAACCCAUAAUUUUCUGGCUGAGGUACGGAUGAGUUUCGGUCAAGAGCGAUAGCAAGCAUACAUUACCUGCAUUUUCUUCUUAUGCAGAUAUGUCUGAGCUAUGAUUGUCAACUCUGAAGGAAAUGCGUUAGACAUUUGUGUUAAAAUAUGAGAAAUAUGAACUACUACUGGCUCAAAACUUGUUUCUGUUAUCUGUGAUGAUUUCCUGUUGUCAUUUUUAUAAAGAUGUUUUAACAGU